CCUCCCUCAGAUACAAUCACAUCCAGUCUCCGCCACACGCAAGAAUCAAACACGCGAUAUAUCAUCAUGUCGUUUGACACGACACUGUUCACGACAAACUUGUGAUUUAUCGGUAUGGCCUACUUUAAAGGUUUAGUUUAAGCUGUUGGCAAAAGAGAGAAAACAAGCAGAACCGAACAUUUCAAAUGAAGACUUCCUGAAGCAAGACUGUGCGCGCUCCCGUGAGUCUCUACUUUUGGCACUUUUACGUGCUUUCAGACGUCUGCGUGUGAUGCUUUAGAAUAACAGCACAAGGUUGUGAAUAAACAUUUCUCUAAGAUUCCUGACCCACAUGGCACAACCCGACGAGCCGUACAUAUCUUUAAACUGCCCGGAGGAGAACGACGAAACGAGGAGUGACCAGUUUGAGUCAGAACAUCUGUCAGCACAGCAGAUUGUCCUCCAACAUGAGACAUUCAGCCACAGUCAUCUGUCUGUGCCGUACACCCGUCAGAUGCCCUACCCCAGAUGGCACGAGCCCGUGAGCGAGCGUCACGACGGCUGUCAGUACUCCAGUUACUAUAAGACAGAUCAGAGAGACGGAUCUCCUCACAGUUUACCCUCCUGUCUCCCAUCGGCGGUGUAUCAGACCAUCUCAGACGGCAGUCUGUUCUGUCCCAGCAGACCUCAUUCCCUUCCAGGCAGCUGUAGCUCCAGUCUCAUCAGUCUUGAAGUUCCUCGGUCUCUGCAUUCAUACGUCCCAUCUGCACAGAUAUACCCACAACACUCAUCGUACCCCAACCCGUACCAGCAUCCACCGCACUGCCGUCAGUUUGGUCAGCCUCAGCACCACGCGGCGCCUGUACAUCACUGUAACUCCAGACCUGGACAUCAGAUGACCUACAGACCUUCAGACCCGGCACACUACAGACAAGUGGAUUACCAUUCUUCUGAACACUGUAAUGUGUCUCAUAAACUCAAACAAGACGGACCCAACAUCACUCACCUGUCUCAAGAACACAGGAAAGUGUUUGUCACGUAUGAGGCCGACAGCGACGAGCACUUGAAAGAGAUCAUCAAGUUUGUGGCUUUGCUGAGGAACAACGGCUUCGACACACACAUCGACGUUUUUGAGGAACAGCUGAGCAGCAUCAGUAAGAUUGACUGUAUGGAGAGAUACCUCAACGAGAAAGAUUAUCUGAUUAUCAUCAUCAUCAGCCUAAGAUAUUACAAGACUGUAUCAGGUAUGAACACCGGCAGAGACGAUAAUGAGAAGACAUCAAACACAGUUUACAUUCACAGACAGCUGCAGAGUGAAUUUAUUCAGAACGGCUGCCGAAACUAUAGAUUUAUACCCAUCCUCUUCCCCGGAGCCAACAAGAGUUACGUCCCGUCCUGGCUGCGUAACACACACAUCUACAGCUGGCCUAAAGACCGCGAUGAUAUUCUCCUCAGGUUAAUGCGUGUGGAGAAAUAUAAUCCUCCUCCCGUCGGUCCUCUGCCCACUAUAGUUCCAAUUCCUCUGUAAGAGAGCAUCUCAAACCUGAGGGUCUCCAGAUGGUUCAGAGGUGGAGGAUUAAAGGCAUUUUAUGAAAUACAGAAUUUACAUAAACAUGAGAAAUACGACCACUAACCAACAAUAUUGAUGUUCCAGCAUUGUUUAAUUUUGAUGUUCUGGUAAAAAUAAUUAAUGUGUUUGAGAACUCAGUACUGCUGUACUCUUACUUACAUUUUUCAUUACAAACCAUACAGAGAUUUCAAAUGGUGCUCUUCGUGUUAUUUUGCUUUUUACAUUGGUUCUUAUGUAUUUUGUGUGGAUUUGAUGUUUAUAUUGUGAUUCCGAUGGAUGCGGUUUUGUGUUAUGAUAGCAGAUUAAAGUGAUUUUAUAGUUUUCUUAUUCAAACUUUUAUCCAUGUGAAGUAAAUACUAGUUUAAUGUUUCUAUAUUUGUUUUGCUUAAUAAUCAUUCAAUAAAUUCAACCAGACUGUG